CGCUCUGGGACUUCCGCCUCGUUGGUGCUGACGGCGGCGGCCUGCGCGGAGCGGCGGCGGCCUGAGCGGCGACGGUGGCGUCAGCGGCGGCCUCGGUUGCAGCGGCGGCUCUGCCCCUUCCCCGCCGCGCCAUGCCCACCGUGGAGGAGCUUUACCGCAACUACGGCAUCCUGGCGGACGCCACGGAGACGGCGGGCCAGCACAAGGAUGCCUACCAGGUGAUCUUGGAUGGUGUGAAAGGAGGUGCCAAGGAGAAAAGACUUGCAGCCCAGUUUAUUCCAAAAUUCUUCAAGCAUUUUCCUGAAUUAGCUGACUCAGCUAUCAACGCCCAGUUGGACCUCUGUGAGGAUGAAGACGUUUCUAUUCGGCGCCAGGCAAUUAAGGAGCUGCCUCAGUUUGCCACCGGAGAUAAUCUUCCCCGAGUAGCAGACAUACUGACCCAGCUUCUGCAGUCAGAUGAUUCUGCAGAGUUCAAUUUGGUGAACAAUGCUUUGCUCAGUAUAUUUAAGAUGGAUGCUAAAGGGACUUUGGGAGGCUUAUUCAGUCAAAUUCUUCAGGGGGAAGAUAUUGUGAGAGAAAGAGCCAUCAAAUUCCUCUCUACAAAACUGAAAACCCUACCUGAAGAGGUGCUGACUAAGGAGGUUGAAGAGUUCAUAUUAGCUGAAUCAAAGAAGGUACUGGAAGAUGUGACAGGUGAAGAAUUUGUUCUGUUCAUGAAGAUAUUGUCUGGAUUAAAAAGCUUACAGACAGUAAGUGGGAGGCAACAACUAGUGGAGCUGGUAGCAGAACAAGCUGACCUGGAACAAACGUUCAAUCCAUCAGAUCCAGACUGUGUGGACAGACUUCUGCAGUGUACUCGACAGGCAGUGCCACUCUUCUCAAAGAACGUUCAUUCCACAAAAUUUGUUACUUACUUCUGUGAGCAUGUACUUCCGAACCUCAGCGCUUUGACUACUCCAGUGGAGGGUCUUGAUAUCCAGUUAGAGGUCUUGAAACUUCUUGCUGAAAUGAGUUCAUUUUGUGGAGAUAUGGAAAAGCUGGAAUCAAAUUUGAAGAAGCUAUUUGAUAAAUUGCUGGAGUAUAUGCCACUUCCUCCAGAGGAAGCAGAAAACGGGGAAAAUGCUGGUGGUGAAGAGCCCAAGUUGCAGUUCAGUUACGUUGAGUGUCUCUUGUAUAGCUUCCAUCAGCUGGGUCGUAAACUUCCAGACUUCCUCACAGCCAAGCUGAAUGCAGAGAAAUUGAAAGACUUUAAAAUCAGGCUACAAUAUUUUGCUCGAGGUUUGCAGGUGUAUAUUCGACAGCUUCGUCUAGCACUCCAAGGUAAAACAGGAGAAGCCUUGAAAACAGAGGAGAACAAGAUCAAAGUGGUUGCUUUGAAAAUCACCAAUAACAUUAAUGUUUUAAUCAAGGAUCUCUUCCACAUUCCUCCUUCUUAUAAAAGUACAGUCACGCUGUCCUGGAAACCAGUACAGAAGGCAGAUGCAAAUCAAAAAAGAACAAGUGAAGAUACAACCUCAAGUUCACCUCCAAAGAAAGCUUCGGCAGGACCAAAAAGGGAUGCCAGGCAGAUAUAUAAUCCUCCCAGUGGAAAAUACAGUAGUAACCUGGGCAGUUUUUCUUAUGAGCAAAGAGGUGGUUUCCGGGGUGGACGAGGAAGAGGCUGGGGAGGACGUGGCAAUCGUAGUCGAGGAAGAAUCUACUGAGUAGACCAUUGUAUCUUCCUUCCCUGGCCCCAGUGGGCUAAAGCGAAAGUACACUCAGCAAGAGAUUGCUUGGAUAUUGUUUCCUUCAAGGACUGCCUUCUGCUCAGACUGACUUAAAUGUUCUUUAUACCUUUGUAUGUAUGAUCUACUUUUCUAACGGACUACAACUUGUCCAUAGUGAAACUACAACUGUAUUUUUGGAUGCUUACAGUCAGCAGUUUUGGGUUCUUAUUUUUGAAGUGUCUUCACGAUUUAUUGAAAAUUGGAAAAGAGCGUAGAUGUUUUAUCAAAACUUACAUCUUGAUUGUUUGCAUAUUAACCUAAAAAUCAACUACUGCAUUACUGAUACUAUGUAAUUGAUUUUAUGUAUUAAGUAAUGGAUAGGAAAGGCAUGACUACAGAGAUAUGUCAGAUAAGCUUAGCACCUAAAGUAAUCCUUUCCUUAUCUGUAAUCACAUUUUGCAAUAUGUGGAGAAGAGUACCAUUGUUAGAUUUGCUUUUAUUUACUUACAAUGAAUUUGACUGAGACAUGCUGGUUUUCUGAAGUUUGCAACUUGGUUGGAAAUUUAUUUUGCUUGUGGCAUGAAGCAGAGUCCUUUCACUUAGAACUGUGGAGAAUGUGGUGUUCUUUUGUUUUGUACUUCUUACUCUUCUCCGUGCAUUGUAAUGCAAAAGUGGUGUUUUGCAAAAGGAAUUUUAAAUGUUUGAUAUGAAUACGUGCAUAUACUUAUGCCAUGAAAUUACAGGAAAUGAACAGGAAAAACGAAACAAUAAAUCACUAGAAAUAUUCCAGGAAUGGGUAAAGACUGAUGCAGUGAUUAAGCUUUGUAGACUGGAGCCGGACCAUAGCAGUACCUGGCUCUUUUCUGUGUUUUACAGAUUUCUGGGUUAGUUGGCACUCGAAGGUUGUGUUCUUGUUUUGUCUUUUUACCAACACAGUUGCAUUUAAAAAUAUAUAAAUAAAAUUGUAUUUUGGCUAAUGUUGAAAAAUUCCA